AUGGCGUCGACCGUCGAUACAGCAGGGUUUCUCGUCUUGCUGCUCUUCAUACCCUUGCUGUCGAUAUGCUGCAUCUGGAUGAUCGUACACAAACCCGCUAUCAUAUUCCAUGCCUCCCAAGCAUUCUUCAACUUCCUUGCAAUGUGCUGUUUCGCCAGCGUCGCUGCCUUCCAGGCAAGGUGGCAUGUAGGCCCAUCGGGAUUGACCGGAUUCGCACUCUUUGUCUCGGUCACAGGCGUCGUCUUUCCUCUCUUUCUCCUCUUCGUCCCCGUCAUCUAUGAAAAGUUUGACAAGGGCGCACGCCUUGCACGAGCACUGAGCGAGACUCGGGUCGCUUUCAUCCUAAUCUCAGCAGGCACGACUUUCAGCUUAUUGAUCGCCUUUAUCACGACGAUCUCAGCCUGGACAGAGCCUGGCUGCAAAAAUGCUAGCAACGACCCGCACGAGAGUUUGGGCUCGACAUUCCGGAGCGAGUUGAGCGGCUGGUGCAGUACGAAAAAAGCGGGAGCAGUAUUCUUCUGGCUAGCAUUCGCGUUCUGGUUGGCCUCGUUGGGCCUCACGAUCUACGACUGGCGCAAUGGGCGCUCUAUGCGGCCCCGUGACCAACCCUUCACACAUCCUACCGAGUUCUCUGAGGUGGCAACGACGGCCGAGGGCGACGGCGACUACGACGACCAGGAGUCUCAGUACAGCAAGCCCAUCGCACAGUCGAAUGCCUCGCAGACGACAUUCGACACCGCGUACGUGCCGCCCGCGCUUCCCACGCCUGCACAGCCUGCGGCCUCGUACGCCGCGCCUGUUCCCUCGCGCCCGAGCAUGGACGUGUACGGCGCAUUCUCUGAUCCCACGCCGACCGGGUUUGGAUCGGCUGCGUCCACGCCCAGCUCGCCGACGUCGGACAUGCCGCGGGUGAGCCGAACGAUGCAGUACGCGGACCCAUAUGCGGCAGUGCGCGCGACGCUCGCAGCGGGACAGCAGCCUGCGGCACACUCGGGUCCGCCGAGCUACUCGUACGGCGGAUACUCGUAA